GGACGAUGUCUUGUUUUUGUAUUGUAUGUCUCCUUUUUAAGUUGAUAAAAUAAUGAACUAAUAUUUUUCAACAUAGUGACGUAUAUAACUAACACCAAUGUAAUAGGUUUUGUUUAAACGGAAAAAUGGUGUUAUGAGACUUGAGGGAGUGUAUUUGUAUUGACGAGAAAAGGAAAGUAAUAUGGAAGAUGGGACUAAACCAAAAAUACCACGGUGAAGCAGUAUUUUUCAUUUCGUCUGUUAUUUUCACCUGACUGCGGCUGGAUUGCAGAUGUUUUUUUCCCUUUCUCAUUAUGUUUGCUGUUGAUUACGAGUGUAUUUUUUCUUUACCAUACAUAUUUUCUCCCAAUUCCAGACUGAAUUACUCUAACAAACAUCUCAUUGUCUGUGGACAUCAUUUCAUGCUUUUGGCGAUGUUUCAAAAACAGGCUUACAGAGAAAAAUGCAAAAAUUCUUAAAAAAAUCCUGUAUUAUAUCAGUAGUGCAGACAAUCAAACUAAUGAACAGCUCAACUAUGUAAUUCAGGAAAUAUACAUGGCGAUAUCGAAUGAAUAUACGGACAGUACUAUUUUUCUCGAAAAGCUGAAAAGCACCAUAAUAAAGGGCAAACAAUUGCAUAAUUCCAGUCAUGAUAUUAAGAUCAAUAAUCAACAUUCGAAUACUACAAAAGGACAUAGGAAGUCGGAGAAUUGUUCUAUACAAUCGUUUCCUCAGUCAGUAAAUAAUUAUAGUUCUCAAUUUUCAGAAUACAGAACUGAUGAGAAAAAUUAUGACUUUUCUCACUCCCAACUUCAGUUAGUUUUGAGAAUGGAAGGCAUCCGUGAUUGGCUCAAUUUAAUUGCUUCAUGUGGUCUAUUAAAUGAACUUGAUCCACCACUUCCACGUAUUUCUUCUAUGGAAAGGCAUAUACGGAUCGGGUCUUGGAACCUUAACCGCUUUGAUUUAAGUAAAGCUAAACAUCCAGGGUUCAUGGAAGUUGUUUGCCUGACCAUUUUACGAAUGAACGUCUCAUUAAUAUUGCUUCAAGAAGUUUCAGACCCCUUAGUUGCUGAUUAUCUGUGCAAUGAGCUAAAUUAUCCAUCUCUUCCCCACGUAAAACGAUGGGUUGAAAAAUUUCCUCUGUCUACUCCCCCGUACUGGAAAGCGUCAUGUUCGAUCCAACCAACCGGUUCCAUGUUUCGUGCAAAAGAGUAUGCCGUUUUUCUUUAUAAUUCUCGAUGUGGUAUUCGGAUUUCUCGGACAAGUUUAUUGGAAAAAUCUUCUAACUCAUUACCUGUUUCAAGAAAGUCGUUUACACGCAGUCCAUGUGGAGCCUCCUGCCAUAUUCAACAUAUUAACUUAGUUCUCAUUUCAGUACAUUUGAAGGCAAGUGGAUUAAGAAAUAGUCAAAUUGGCAGGACUAUCUCAGAAAUUGAAUCUCUCGGCUAUCUUGUUCAAGCUUUUUAUGAAACACAACCUAGUGGAACAUAUCUCAUUAUAGCUGGUGAUUUCAAUCUCUUCCCAACACAUGAAGGUUAGUUUAGAUCCAUAAUAAAUAGGAACUAUGUAGCUGAUUAAAUCUCUCUGAAUAGACUUAGAAGUAAAUCAUAUGUAUUUUGUUAUGUGAAUUAUUCUACGUGAAAUAACUAGUGAAAGUUUUUCACAAUCUAACCGCGAAAUUUUAGUGAGACUGGCAAUUGUAAGCAAUUUAUUCUAUUUAAGGACACUUUGCUUCACAUAAAAUGUAUUGCUAUGCAGAUGUUUGGGAAGUUAUUUGUUAAUACGUGGAUCUACAUAAAACAAUAUCCAUCUAAGAAACUCAGAAAAAAACCUAAAAUUCGCUUGUAACGCUGGUAUUCAUGGUCUUCAAUUUAAUCGUAGUCUACUGUUGCGAAUCGAUAGUGGUCAAACUAUUUAUAAGUUUUGUGACAGUAUCGAAAUAUACAGGUAGGUUUUGAACUUUUCUCAGAGUUUUUCCCUGAAUGUGCGUUGCAGCUAGAAAUGACCCGUCUCUUACAAGUUCUCUUGUAUUACACUUAACUAGUUUCGUCAAUAAGGUAAGGUUAUUUACAUUUUGUAAAGACAUGCAACACCUAUUCACUUUGUAGUUUGUGUCCACCUAUUUUGUGAUAAUAAAUAAUUUUACUGGGUCGCAUAAAUCUCAUAUAAAACGGAAUUCGAACACAACUCGAGCAGUUGAAAAUGAUAAUACUGAAUAACUGGAACAAACGAGAUCUGGCAGUUGAUUUUCUUACUAAAACUUUCUUAGCAAGUAUUUGUCGUCUUCAUUCAAAUAAAUAAAUUCCGCUAUUUCCACGAAGUAAAUUGUUAGCAUAACGUUUUUAAACUUACUCUCGAGAGAUCACAUUUCACAGGGAAGAUAUUUUCUCACAUUUCCAGGAAACCAAGAACUCCAUGUUAAAAUAAGAUAUGAUCAAAAUCAUAUUUGUUUCUGUAUUCUUAGGAACGACUAGUCUUAUUGCAAAAUAGAGUGUGGUGAAAUUUCAGGAACAAAGUCAAGUAGUCAAAAGUGAUGUAACAUUCUAGUAAAAAUACCAUUCCGUCACUUUCUGAAGGAUUACAUUUAAGUAACUAAAUGUAUUGUAUCGAUUUAGUAAUAGACACUAAUACAGUAAGAAUUUUUAUCAAUUAAACCAAGUUACUUGCACGCAUCAUAUGCAAACGUGGAGAGAUACAAAGUUUAAAAAAGAAUGUAAAGUUUCUACAGUUAUCGAAGUAAAUGUCAUUAUGGAUGUUGUCUAAAAAAUUUGCUGCUGAAAGACAUAUCCCUGGAGGUUUAAGGCUCUCACGACUGAUUUGUAAGCUACAUUAUUUACGAUAAUUAACGCUUUGACAGGAAUAAAUUCACAAGAACUCUCUCAACACAACGUGAAUAUAUUCAUCAUUGCACGAGCCUCUAUCUGAAUAAUUCCAGCAACAGUUCAAAGUAAGUUUCAUAAUAGCUACCUUAAGUAGCAAUUUUGGUUUUGUUGUAUUUACAAAUGAAGUAGUUUUAGCAGUAAUUAUUGUGUUAGAGAAGUAGCAUAGUGUUUAUAAAAACCACGUUUUAUAUGUAUUUUCGUUUUAUUGACUAGUAUUAUUUCUGAUAAAGAGAUUUUUCAAACUGUUAUCUAUUCAUUCUUCCUACAUUAUAGGAGGCAAUACUUUAAUAAUUUCCAGAGUAAAUAAACGUAAUGCGAUCAAUUAAUCGUUUAUGCCAGUUAGAUGCAAGCACUCAGAUACUCCUGAGCCGUUAUGAAUUUGUAUUUAGUACACUUAUAGGUUCAUUAUUUACUUUCGCUUGUACAUAAGUUGAACAUUACGCAAAUAAUUUCCAUAAUUUUAAUUAAAGCUCUCAUCAUUGUUAAUUUAGAUUUGAUUUAUUUAUUGCCUCGUUAUGCUGAUUAUCUCUAUUUGUUUAUUUAAAAGUUUAUCGGGUAUUGCGUGAACGUGGUUUAUGGCCAGUACUCAAAGGUGAACAACAAACUACUAUGAAUUAUUCUAAUUCCAGAUCUAACCGUUUUAGAGCAUAUGACAAUGCAUGGCUUUCUGCUAACCUCUCUUUGACUUCUGAAUCCACUAUUCGUUGGACUGGUGAUUCUGGUGUCAUAUUAAAAGGGCUCAGACAUCCUUUAAUUCCGGAGGAAACAGGAAGUGGUGCAAAUGGUCUUGUUAGUGAUCAUGCUCCCAUAUGGUUUGAUAUUCACUUAACGUAACAAUAUCCUGUAUUUAUGUAUAAUUUUUUAUUAACGAACUUAUGAUAACGUUGUACAUAUGUACUUAAUAAUAAAGAGCAUUUAUUUUGGCAGCUUCGCCAUUAAUCUUCUGCCCCGUAACCGAAAAUUUGUUCACAGUCAAACCAAGAUUUUUCGGUAUCCACCUUGUAAAAUUCUUCUGUGAUUUGACGGCCAGUUUUUCGUGGUGUUUUCCGAAUAUUAGUCACCUAAAAAAUAUUUCAAUGUUUACUUUUGCUUGUUAUGUAGGGUUUUCUAUAUUUGCAAUU